AUGGCUCAAACAACAAUUAUUUCUAACGGCGCUAACCUUGCCAAGUAUAUGAGUCUCCCCCAGAAGGGAGCUGUCCUUGCCGAGUACAUUUGGAUUGACGGUACCAACAACAUCAGAUCAAAGUGCAGAACUUUUUACAAGAAGCCCGAGACUAUCGACGACCUCCCUGAGUGGAACUUUGACGGUUCUUCUACCAACCAGGCUCCUGGCUCUAACUCUGAUAUCUACCUCAGACCCGUUGCCAUGUACCCCGAUCCUCUGAGACUUGGCGAUAACAUUAUUGUUCUCGCUGAGUGCUACAACUCUGAUGGCUCCCCCAAUGCCUUUAACUACAGACACGAGUGCGCCAAGCUUAUGGAGGCUCACAAGGAUGAGAAGAUUUGGUUUGGCAUUGAGCAGGAGUACACUCUCUUUGACAAUCUUGGAAACGUUUACGGCUGGCCCGUUGGAGGUUUCCCUGCCCCCCAGGGCCCUUACUACUGCGGUGUCGGCACCGGCAAGGUUUACUGCCGUGAUAUUGUCGAGGCUCACUACCGCGCCUGCCUUUUCGCUGGUAUCCGCAUUUCUGGUAUCAAUGCUGAGGUUAUGCCUUCCCAGUGGGAGUUCCAGGUUGGCCCCUGUGACGGCAUCUCGAUGGGUGACGAACUUACUGUUGCCCGAUAUCUCCUCCACCGUGUUGCCGAGGACUUUGGCGUUGUUAUCUCCUUCCACCCCAAGCCUUUGAAGGGUGACUGGAAUGGUGCCGGCUGCCACACUAACGUUUCCACCGAGAAGAUGAGACAGCCUGGUGGCAUGAAGUACAUUGAGGAAGCUAUUGAGAAGCUUUCCAAGAGACACAAGGAGCACAUUGCCGUCUACGGUGAAGACAAUGACUUGCGUCUUACUGGCAGACACGAGACUGCUUCUGCUGCCACCUUUUCUUCUGGUGUUGCCAACCGUGGUUCCUCUAUCAGAAUCCCCCGCUCUGUUGCCAAGGAGGGCUUUGGAUACUUUGAGGACAGACGUCCUGCUUCCAACAUUGACCCCUACUUGGUCACUGGCAUUAUGACUGAGACCAUUCUUGGCAGCAUUCCCGAUGUUGAUGUUGUCAAGCAGGUCAGCAGAAAGUAA